ACGAUAUACACACACAUAUAUACCGGCGGCGGAAAGAAGUGCGACUCAUAACCUAAAUUACCUAAAAACUUGAACGUGCAACAUGGGUGACGAACAGAAGCAAGAUAUUGAAAAUAAAAAACAUAAACCAAUAUUUCGUGAAUUGACAGCUGACGAUCCAGAGCCAGAAACAACUGUGAUUGACAGUUUGUGUAUGAAUUGUGGUGAAACUGGCACAACAAAAUUAUUACUCACCAGAAUACCACAUUACAAAGAUGUUGUUCUCAUGUCAUUCGAUUGCGAUAAAUGUGGCUUCCAAAACAACGAGAUUCAAAGUGGUGGAAAAGUCUCGGAAAAAGGCGUGAAAAUAAAACUUACAGUUACAAAAUGUGAAGAUCUUAAUCGCCAGGUUGUGAAGUCGGAUCACACCAGUAUCAAAAUACCAAUGCUGGAUUUUGAAAUUCCAGCUCAGUCACAGAAAGGAGAGGUGACGACCAUAGAGGGUAUCAUUGAUCGUAGUAUCGAAGGCCUCCAACAAGAUCAACCAAGACGUAGGGAAGAGAAUCCAGAAACAGCUGCUGAUAUUGAUCUAUUCACUGCAAAAUUGAAAAAUUUGAAAUUUGUCGAAGAACCAUUCACUGUAAUAUUUGAGGAUAUAACAGGGGAAUGUCAUGUGGAAAAUCCAAACGCACCAGCAAAAGAUAAGGAUUGUGUUGUGACUUGGUUCGUAAGAUCCGAUGAGGAAAAUCGACGCCUCGGCAUUUAUCCUGAGAACGAAGAUUCUCUGCUGAAGCCAAUAAAAGAGGGUGAAUUCACGCUUGAACAAAUCGAAUCUGAAGUUCUGCAAUUUCCAACCAAUUGUCCUACCUGCAAUAGCCCUUGCGAGACAAACAUGAAGCUUACAAACAUACCACAUUUCAAGGAAGUCGUAAUAAUGGCUACGGUAUGUGACACUUGUGGCCAGAGAACGAACGAAGUGAAGAGCGGUGGCGGUAUUGAGCCUAAAGGCGUAAAAAUAAAGGUCAAGGUCCGGGGUCGUGAAGACUUCAGUCGAGAUAUUUUAAAGUCGGACACCUGUGGUAUGGAAAUACCGGAGCUUGAUUUGGACGUUGGUCCAGUUGCACUCGGAGGUCGUUUUACGACGAUCGAAGGAAUUUUGCUAGCUACGAAAGAACAGUUGACCUCGUGUACCGCAAUAACAGGGGACAGCACGGACAAAAACACAGAAGAAAGAAUGACGAAAUUCAUUGAGAAAAUGGACGAAGUUUUGAGUGGUAAGAGAGAAAUAACGGUGAUACUGGACGAUCCAGCAGGCAACAGUUACGUUCAGAGUUUGUCGGAUGAAGGAUGCGACGAGGGAUUAGAAAUUACAAAAUACGAAAGAACAUUCGAGCAGAACGAAGAUCUCGGUUUGAAUGAUAUGAAAGUGGAGGAUUAUUAAAUACUGAAGAAGAGAAUUAACGUGUGAAGGAGAACAAGCAAUCUUUGAAAGGACCUAACGAGGCUGAUUAAAUGGAUGAAAUUUGAAAGACA